ACAAAGCCACAUCCUUUACCGAUUGGAGACAAUGUGGGAGAUUGUGCUGCCAGAGGUGCUGAUCUUUUUGAAAGUAUUGCAGCUGAAAUAAUCAGUGCCAUGAUACUUGGGGGAACAAUGGCACAAAGGUGUAAAAUCGAAGAUCCAUCUGGCUUCAUCUUGUUUCCUCUUGUUGUUCAUUCAUUUGAUCUGAUAGUUUCAUCGGUGGGAAUAUUUUCUAUUCGGGGUACACGUGAAUCUGGAGUAAUGGCUCCUAUGGAAGAUCCUAUGGCAAUUCUUCAGAAAGGAUAUUCUGUUACAAUAGUUUUAGCUGUUCUGGCAUUUGGUCUUUCUACCCGGUGGUUACUUUAUGUUGAGCAAGCACCUUCAGCAUGGUUCAACUUUGCUUUGUGCGGGUUGAUUGGUAUUAUUACAGCAUACAUUUUUGUCUGGAUCACCAAGUAUUAUACCGACUACAAGCAUGAGCCUGUACGCACAUUAGCCCUUUCUAGCUCUACUGGCCAUGGGACUAACAUAAUUGCUGGGGUCAGUUUGGGGCUGGAAUCUACUGGUCUUCCAGUCCUUGUCAUCAGUGUGGCGAUUGUCUCAGCGUACUGGCUGGGCCAGACUGCUGGACUAAUAGAUGAAACAGGAAACCCAACUGGCGGGCUGUUUGGCACAGCUGUAGCAACAAUGAGAAUGCUUAGCACUGCUGCCUAUAUUCUUACCAUGGAUAUGUUUGGCCCAAUAGCUGAUAAUGCUGGAGGGAUUGUAGAAAUGAGCCAGCAGCCUGAAAGUGUCCGAGAGAUCACUGAUGUCCUUGAUGUCGUGGGUAACACAACCAAAGCCACCACCAAAGGAUUUGCCAUUGGCUCUGCUGCGCUUGCUUCUUUCCUUCUGUUUAGUGCUUAUAUGGAUGAGGUUUCUUCAUUUUCUCUCGAACCUUUUAAACAGGUUGAUAUUGCAAUUCCAGAAGUUUUUGUUGGUGGGUUGCUGGGUGCCAUGCUUAUAUUUGUCUUUAGUGCUUGGGCCUGCGCUGCUGUUGGCCGAACUGCGCAAGAGGUUGUUAAUGAAGUAAGAAGGCAAUUUAUUGAAAGGCCUGGUAUAAUGGAUUACAAGGAGAAACCAGAUUAUGCUCGCUGUGUUGCAAUUGUAGCAUCUGCAUCAUUAAGAGAGAUGAUAAAACCUGGUGCUUUGGCAAUCAUUUCACCUAUUGUAGUUGGUUUUCUAUUCCGAAUUUUGGGCUACUAUACAGGGCAACCCUUACUCGGAGCUAAAGUUGUUGCUUCUUUUCUGAUGUUUGCAACAGUGUCUGGUAUUCUUAUGGCACUUUUCCUGAACACAUCUGGUGGUGCCUGGGAUAAUGCAAAGAAGUACAUAGAGACUGGAGCUCUUGGAGGCAAGGGAAGUGAUGCUCACAAAGCAGCAAUAACAGGAGAUACGUAAGUUACUUUAUAUGCUAC